AUGGCCCGGCCACCUCCCUGCUGGCUGUGGGUUCUGGGGACCCUGGCAGGGCUCUCAGUGACCCCAGCCUCCAAGAGCUGUCCGGAAAAGCAUUACCUGGCUCAAGGAGAACGGUGCUGCCAGAUGUGUGAGCCAGGAACGUUCCUGGUGAAAGAGUGUGACCAGCAUGAAAAGGCUACUCAGUGUGAUCCGUGUACACCGGGGGUCUCCUUCUCGCCAGACCACCACACCCGGCCCCACUGUGAGAGCUGCCGGCACUGUACCUCUGGUCUUCUCAUUCGAAACUGCUCCCUCACCGCCAACUCGGAGUGUGCCUGCCCCGAGGGCUGGCAGUGCAGGGACAAGGAGUGUACAGAGUGUGUUGGUCCAGCCCAGGCCCCAGACCCACACCCACAACCCUCCCACUCACCUUAUGCUGAAGAGAUACCAGAGGCCAGGACAGGCCAGCAUAUUCGGACUCUGGCUGAUUCCAGGUGGCUUCCUGCCCCAACUCUCUCUACCCACUGGUCACCCCAAAGGUCCCUGUGCAGCGCGGAUUGCAUCCGCAUCUUUGUGCUCCUCUCUGGAAUGUUUCUUGCUUUCACCAUAGUCGGAGCCCUGUUCCUCCAUCAACAAAGAAAAUAUAGAUUAAACACGAGAGAAAGUCCAGUGGCGCCUGCAGAGCCUUGUCCUUACAGCUGCCCCAGGGAGGAAGAGGGCAGUGCCAUCCCCAUUCAGGAGGAUUACCGAAAACCAGAGCCCGCUUCCUACCCCUGAGCCAGCGCUCGGCUGAGGGGGGCCGUCACUGCAGUCAAGUCCUAGCCUCCAUCUCAACCCACCCGCCAUCCAGGGGGAUCGAGAGCCGGCACCUCCAAUUUCAGCACCACCCUCUCAUCGGGACCCUUUCGUGUGUGCCGACUUGGGAAACUGUCCUGUGUGCCUU